AUGCUUGAUGAGUCUAGUCAAGUUGAUCAACUGUACAAGAUAAUGCUUGAUGAGUCUAGUCAAGUUGAUCAACUGUACAAGAUAAUGCUUGAUGAGUCUAGUCAAGUUGAUGAGCUGUACAAGAUAUGGCUUGAAGAGCCUAGUCAAUUUGAUGAGCUGUACAAGAUAUGGCUUGAAGAGUCUAGUCAAGUUGAUGAGCUGUACAAGAUAUGGCUUGAAGAGUCUAGUCAAGUUGAUGAGCUGUACAAGAUAUGGCUUGAAGAGUCUAGUCAAGUUGAUGAGCUGUACAAGAUAUGGCUUGAAGAGUCUAGUCAAGUUGAUGAGCUGUACAAGAUAUGGCUUGAAGAGUCUAGUCAAGUUGAUGAGCUGUACAAGAUAUGGCUUGAAGAGUCUAGUCAAGUUGAUGAGCUGUACAAGAUAUGGCUUGAAGAGUCUAGUCAAGUUGAUGAGCUGUACAAGAUAUGGCUUGAAGAGUCUAGUCAAGUUGAUGAGCUGUACAAGAUAUGGCUUGAAGAGUCUAGUCAAGUUGAUGAGCUGUACAAGAUAUGGCUUGAAGAGUCUAGUCAAGUUGAUGAGCUGUACAAGAUAUGGCUUGAAGAGUCUAGUCAAGUUGAUGAGCUGUACAAGAUAUGGCUUGAAGAGUCUAAUCAAGUUGAUGAGCUUUACAAGAUAUGGCUUGAAGAGUCUAAUCAAGUUGAUGAGCUUUACAAGAUAUGGCUUGAAGAGUCUAAUCAAGUUGAUGAGCUUUACAAGAUAUGGCUUGAAGAGUCUAAUCAAGUUGAUGAGCUUUACAAGAUAUGA